AUGGGUGAGGAUGGAAAAGAUAGCAGCAAAAUAGAACCAUUUCAUAAUCUGAACGAAAAAUCUUACCACAAAAUCAUGGAGACCGCAUCUCUUUCUUUUAAACAACCAGAUCCACUGGGCAAUGUGCUUAGUAGUGAGAUUAGCAAAACUACAGGUAAUUGAGUCCUCUCUUAUUGUAUUUUCAGUUUUAUUUAGGCUCAGUUUGCAUGAUACCAGUACGAAAUAAUAGCGGGAAUUUUAUCAGCGUAUUUCCAAAAUUCCAUCCUCCGAAUUUCUCCGCCCUGCAUAGAGAGAAUCCGUUCUGUGUAGCUAGUGCGAUGACUGUACUGCAGCCUAAUUUUUCGACCCGGUCACAUGAAAACAUUUCCCAGAGAUAACACUGACCGAAAUAAAUCGUCUCGGUCUUCUAUAUGUGGGACUUUAAUUAAGUGCGGUUUCCAUUUAGUGGUCGAAAAAAAAACAGACGAAAACUAUCGAUAUUUUUUAAGAUGCGAGCGAUUUCAAUAUGUUCGCCAAGCUUGCUUUGUGCGAGAAAAUACAAUUAUAAACCUGGCGAAAAUCACUCCAUUGCACAAAGAGUACUUUUAUCAUUGCCCAAUCGUCUACUCCCUGUAUCCUUAAAAAAUCACGGCUGUCCACACCGGUCGAGAUAACCAUCAACAUUCCUGAUCGUCCAGGAUCGUCCACGCGUAUUUCCGUUUGAUCGCCAAGCAAAAAACAGCUGUGUUUUGACAAUUGACCUCUAAAUGGAAACCGGGAUUUAUAAAUAAUAAUUGGAGGUCGGUGCCUUUGGUAAUUGAAAGCCAGCAAGAAGUAUUGCCAUGGCAACAUCCCUAACACAGCAGCAAAAAUUAUACCAGCAACCUGUAAAAUAGAAGGAAAAUGAGUUCACCAUGAUAAUUCUACUUGAUUAAACUAACAAAGUAUGGGUGUAUAUGACUAAAGCAACAAUUGUCUGGAGAUAAGGCGAAUGGGGUAACAAGCGCAACUUGCUGCAACAAAACAUGGACAGAAAAAAACAGGCAAUUGAUCCGAUCAGGCCAAAGGUUAUAAUAUAAGACACCACGAACUCUUUAGCGGCUGUGACGUGAUCGACUUCCAUCAAACGGAAGUCAGCAUGCAUGCAUAAUACAUCUACCGUUAACCUUGCAUCCAUUUAACUACACAUUUAAUUAACAAAGAUACAAACUUGGUAAAAUGUAUCUAAUUAUCAUUUUAAUAACAAUGUCUAUAUCUGAAUAAGUGUGCUGGAUCUACUGAACUAAAUCUAAAUAAUUUUUGAAAUUGUAUAGAACUAAUUGGAUAAGUCAUGUUUAUGCCUGUUGUUGCCCAAUUCCCAUUUAUGGAUAACUUGCAUUCAUAGUUACCACUCUUCUGUUUUACGGUUCAACAUUUUCGUAAGCAUAGAAGGAGCAAAGGUAACCAAUGAUUUAAAUUACAUAUGCAGCAAGUAAGUUGGGAGAAUACCGGCAUAAACACGAGUUAGCUGAUGAGUUGACAACAUACUUUACUUUAAGGUACUCAGUCUUGCACUUCUUGUAAACCAGUUGCAUUUAGAAAUAGCAUUUUAUUGUAUAUGAAAAACUGUUGCAUGGUUUAACUGUUUGAUGUUAUAUUUUUAACUAGAAAAUGGUCAUGAAAUGAAAGCAAACGUUUCUCCUCAGAAAAUGGUCAUGGGUAAAACUAAAGUCAAGAAGAAGAUGCGAGUUGAAGAUAUUAUUACAAAUCUAACUAAGAAAGUAAAGCAAGUCGCAAACACGCCACCAAAGGAAAACGAAGUAAAGAAAAUCGAAAGCAUGCCAACAAAAGACAAUAAAGUAAAGAAAGUUGGAAGCACGCUGGCGAAUGAAAAUGAAGUGAAGAAAGUUGGAAGCAUGCCACCAAAGGACAAUAAAGUAAAGAAAGUUGGAAGCACGCUGGCGAAAGAAAAUGAAAUGAAAAAAGUUGGAAGCAUGCCACCAAAAGACAAUAAAGUAAAGAAGGUUGGAAGCACGCUGGCGAAAGAAAAUGAAAUGAAGAAAGUUGGAAGCACGCUGGCGAAGGACAAUGAAGUAAAGAAAGUUAAAAGCACGCCGGCGAAGGACAGUGAAGUAAAGAAAGUUAAAAGCACGCCACCGAAGAAAAAUGAAGUAAAGCAGCAAGUCGGACAUACACCAACAAAGGAAAAUGGAAGCAUGCCAGCGAAUGACAAUUAUCUUUCAUCAAGUGGAGAAACACAGGAAGAUGACGUGUCUUCGUUUGCAAGCAUGUGUACCAUACGAAACAAUCUACCUGAGUACACAGACUUAAGUGAAUUACCACCACUGACGAAACAAAUUACGAAAAUUUCACCUGGAAAUGUUGUUCCAAAAAUUAUUCAAACAACACCAGCUAUCUCCAAUCCUCCCAACCCUGUAAGACAGGUUAUUUUACAAACCGUUCCACAAAGAACAAAUCAACAGACUCCGAUAAUAUUGAACAAACUUCCACCGGGAUUUAUUAUUAGAAGUGAUCUUCCAUCAAGUUCUUUCCCCAACCUUCAGACUACAUCUACAUCUGGUCAACCCACGCUACUACUGAUCACAAAAUCUGGAGGUCCUAUUUACCUAACACAAAAUAGAAAUACUUCCACCAAUCAAACGCAGGCUAAACCUGUUAAUAAAGCCAACACUUCCCCUGUGUUCACACAAACGAAACCAAUUAUUAGCAGCAGUAACCCGUCUACAUUGCUGAAAGGAAAAGCAAUCAAUUCAA